UUUGACAAGAAGCAGCAGAUAUUUACGUCUCGGAGAAAUUUAUUUAUUUUUUAGUGCAUUGGUCAUAGAAAACAAAAAAUAUUGUGUACAAAAUUUUGCAAAACAAAUAAAAGAAUAUUACAAUUACUUAUUUAUUUUCCAAACAAAAGAAAACGCAAAUAAAUGUAAUUAAAAUUAGGAAAUAAAUAAAAAAUUCCUCAAAUAAACAACGAAUGAAAGUAAAAAAUGUUGAAAUAUUUCAAAAGACAGAAAAGUCGUGCUGGUUCUUCAAAUAUUAAUGAAAAUGACCACUACUUUGGCUCGAAUCACAAUAAAAACAACAGUGUUAUAAAUAGUAUUGUUGAUGAAACUGAUAGUGCUGGCACUUUAGAUGAUUUAUCAACCUCAUCUUCUGCUGUCAGCACUGUAAAGCGUCAUUCAUUACGUUCAACUUCCAGUUUCUGUGAUGAAGUUUUUCUCGAAGAGUUGGCUAAUUUAGGCCUUUUACUAACUACACCAACAACAGAAGAAGAUGCUGUCAGUUACGGAGCUUUAAGUUUAGGUGCACUUAGCAAUGGUGGGAGCGGUAUUGCUAAUAAUCAUGUCGUAGGUGCUGCUGCCGCUGCUAAUUCUGUAAUGGCUUUAAAUUCAAUUGUUGAAUUUGAUGAAGAUAUUUUCAAAUAUCAUUCUCGCCUAUCGAUGUCUGUCACCUCCAUAGUCAAUGAACCAAAUUGCCUCAGUUAUUUCGUUCAAUAUUUAGAAAAACAUAAUGCUUUGCCUUUAAUCAAAUUCUAUUUAGAUACAGAAAAUUUCAAAAAUGCAGCUUUAGCACAGUUGCGUAAAGAGCAAAAACACAAACUAAUUUCACAACAAAUACCCGAGGAGACAACGUUAAACGAUGGUCCAACGGAAAUGACACCAGUAACAGCUAGUAAUAAUGAUACAGAUGAUCAUAUAAUGCAACAACAGCAGCAGCGUAAUGAUUUUGGAGAAACGCUUGUGGCAGCGGGAGCUGCAGCCUGUGCCGCUGGAGAAGACAGAUGCGAUAAUGAUAACAGUCUUGUACCUGAAUUAAAAACAUUAUGCGAUUUAACUAUGCGCAAACCCUUAACCGAUGAUGAAAAAUCACAAAUUUACGCUGAAACAAAUAAACAACUAACUAAAUGUAAUGAUAAGAGUAACAUUAAAGCUUCCUCAGAACUGUCACUCUGCAGUUUAACCAGUAACUACACCGAACAUUCCGAAUCUGUGGUAAUCUCGAUGGCCAGUGUACAGGAUGCAUUAACAAUAUAUCAGAAAUAUUUAAUAGCAAAUGCACAGCAGCAUAUUGAUAUACCGGUGGAUAUAUUAUCAAAAAUUUCCUUGAUUUUAUGCAAAAACGAACAGGAAGAAGAAAACCGUGCCAUUACUUCGGAUUGUUUUACAGAGGCUCAACAAUUCAUACUCAGCCAACUGGAAAAGGAAUACCUAAAUGAUUUUCUACAAAGUACCUAUUAUGCAAAAUAUUGUGUUGAACUAAUACAGGGCCAUAGCUUAAAUAUCAAUGAUAUUCUACACAGUGAGGUGACACUAUUCUAUUUGAUGGAAUAUUUGGAACAGCAUCAGGAAAGAGACUGUUUAGAUUUUUGGUCUUCGGCCAUAAAUUAUCGUAAAAGUUAUUUGUCUCAGGAAUCACAAAUACGCAAUGAGAAGGAGGCCCAAUCAGAUGCCAUGAUUAUUUAUGAGAAAUUUUUCUCUUUACAAAAUGAGGUGAAACUAUGGUCUUCCAAUAAAUUAAGAUCUCAUGUUGAGGCCUGCAUUUGUACCGAGGGUUUAGUGUUUUACUGUUUCGAUUUGCCUUUAAAAGUGGCAGCAAAAUAUUUGGAGUGUAAAUAUUUGAAAUUAUUUUUAAAAUCUUCAUUAUUUGCCAACUAUUUAAAUGAACUGAAAACACGUAUUGAGGAGGACAAGGAACUUAAAGAAAAUCUUAAUCAGUUACAAAACCUGCAUAAACCUUUGCGUCGUUGUGUUAGUGAUAAAACCUCUAAUCGGCAUCGUAAAACCUUAUCGGAUUGUACGUUGGAUAAGAAAUUACCCAUAUCACAGCAUAACACCCUAUUAGCCUCAAUGGAUUCCAAUAGUCAUUCGUCACAUCUGAAACAAUUCCAUUUAAAUAUUGAUUCCUCACAAUUAACCAAUCCCGAUUUACUAUGGCAUCGUUCUAAUAGCAAUAAUUUAAAAUUUGGUCGUGUCAACUCUUUAGGACGUUAUGAACGAGAUUUUAUCUCACCCUCAGAUGCUUUACAACACUCUUCAUUGAAAUCAAAUCACAAUUGGUCUUUAACCUUACAGGGUAAUAAAAUCAAAAAUGCUAUGCGUAAAUUGGUACAUUUACCGGAUGAUAAUGUACAAGAGGAAAUUGCCUGGCAGGUGGCUGAAAUGAUAGUUAAAGAUGUCACUAAUAUUACUAUGCGUCAAGGUGAAGAAGCAGAGCACAAACAAAAGUCUUAGUAAGUUUUUAUUUUAUGUUUUCGUUUUAAUUUAAUUAAAGGGUUGUACCUACAUAUGAAUUUUAUACUAUUUUAUGAAGUAAAAAAGCAAUAAUGAAAACGCACAUAUACACACUCAUCUACAGUGAUAAUGAAUUUACAAAGCAACAUGAAAAAAGUCAUAGUUUUUCCUUUAGUUUUAAACUAAAACUUUAAUUUAUUUUUUGAAAAUGCUUUUCAUGUAUAUUUAAUUAUAUAGUUUAAGAAUCUCAAAUAUUAUUACUUUUUAAUCCUUUUAUAAUUAUUUUCAAAUUUAAGCCUAAAGGCCUUAAUUUAUAGUUUUUACUUUACAUAUAUUUUAACAGUUUAUUAACUGUGUAAUAAUCUCUCUAUAUCUCUUUCUUUUCUAUAAUAAGCAAGCACAAUAAUUAUGGGCUUAUUUAUAUUGAGAAUAUCUUAUAAAUAUUUGUAAACAACAUAUUUGUCUCAAAAAUUUCUACAAAAAACUAAAAUAUUUUCUUGUAAUCGUAUACUCGCUUUAUGAACAAUAAUAUAUUUAACAUAAUAAUUAUUAUAUUUAUAUGCAUAUAAACUAAAUAUCACACUUUAUUUAUGCACCUUAUUAUGCUGAAAUUAUUUAAUAUCUUUGAGGCUGUAUUUGUUAUAAAACUGUUUUUUAAAUUUAAAAUAAGUUUUUAGUUUGGGGCCAAAACUAAAAUCAUCGUUAAUGUUUUAAAUAUUUUCUCUAGAUUAUUUGAAAUAGAUUUUCAAAUAAAUUGAAGUAAUUUUUACCAUGAGCUGUUAAGUAUUUACUCCUUAAUUAUACCCUUCAACUUCGAGAUAAGUUUGUCAUUCCGUUUGUAAUUUCUACAAUUUAAUUUUUCCACGAUUAAGUAGUACGUCCGUCUGUCCAUCUGUAUAUUUGUUGAAUUCAAUUUUCUGAAGACCUCCGAUAUCUUGGGGAUCCAAAACUUUAAUAGUUCUAUCAGACAUGGUUUCGAUAAGAUCGCUAUUUAAAAUCAGUAAAAUCGAUUCAUAAAUAAUGGAGAUAUGAGCAAAAAUCCGAGAUAACCUCUGAAAAUUUCUUCAAAAACUGAACAUUUUUGUGCAUGUUUUGACACAUAGAAAAAACAACAACAACAACUUAAUAUGGUAAACGUUGUUCUUGUAUUUAGUUUGCUUGUUUAUAAAAAGCCGUGUUUUGUUAUUGUUUUAAUAAAGCCAAAAUCAUCCCUGCAGAGAUGGAAAACUGUGUGUGGGAAAUUAAUCAGUGAUGGAAAAAAGUUUUAAGGGUAUUAUUUGUAACUCUAGUAUCUAAUACUACUUUUUUCGGUACUUUUUUAUUCUUUAAAAGGUACUUUUUUGAAUUUUCUUUAAUAUUGAACCUUAAACAUAAAAUUAAGCAUGUAGUGUUAAUGAGAGCAAAUAAGAGGGGACUUUUUGGUACUUUUUCGUUCUUCAAAAGGUAUUUUUUGAAUUUUCUAUAAUAUUGAACCCAGAAACAUAAAAUUUAACAUUCAAAAUCCAAAGUGAAUGAAAAUCUUUGAGAAAUGAUUUUUGAUACUUUUUCCUUCUUCAAUUGGUACUUUUUAAUUUUUUCUGCAAUAUUGAAUCUAAAAAUAUAUACGAUCCUGAAUGAACAAUAAUCUAUAAGACCGAAUUUUUGGUACUUUUUCCUUCUUCAAUUGGUACUUUUUUAAUCAUUUAGAAUAAACCUAAAACUUCAACUGGUACUUUUUGAAUAUUUUAUAAUAUUUGACGUAGAAACGCAAAAUUAAAUAGGCAGCAUAUUGAAUGAAUGGGGAGUUUCUGGUACUUUUUUCGUCAUUUGAAUAGUACUUUUGCUGAUUUUCUAAACCUAGAAACACAGAAUCAGACAUAUAUGGAAUGAAAAUUUAUAGGACUAAAAUUUGUGGUACUUUUUUGUUCUUCAACUCGUGCUUUUUGGUUCUUUUUUUAAAAAAACAUAGUUAGAAAGUGCACUCUCGGUACUUUUUCGUUUCCAUCUUUUGAUUUCUUUAAUAAAAUACGUAUGGACUGUUCUUUUUAAACACAUGCUAUGGGUAUAUAAAAUUUGGCCCGGCCAAUAUAGAACCUCCUACUUGUUUUUCUAUAUCAAUGAAAUUCGAAUAAAUUCUUUUAAUUUAAACAGUUUUAAAUGUAAACGAAUGGCUCAAAGAAAUUUUUAUGAAAUAAAAUUGUUUAAAGUUUAUAACAAACAUAAAUAUUACUUUAAAACAAUAAUUUCUAAUAUAAAAAACUACGCGAAUUUCAAUUAAUUUUAUAGCUCUCUAUAUACAUAUAAUAUAUAUUCCUAUUAUCGAAUUUUUUUUUAUUUAAUAUCUAUCUUAAUAAACAUAACCUACAUACCUAUUUAUAUCCAUAAACUAUAUUAUAAACUAAACAUAAACAUUUUUAAUUAAAUGUUAUACAAAAUCCAAGAAGAUCAUUCCCUUUAAGUACAUACAUACUUUAAAGCUUAUGAAAUCCCAGAAAACUACAAAUAUUCUAUUUAAAACUAAAUUAAAAAUACCAAUUCUCAUGACUUAAAAAUCAAUGUUUAAAUCUUCUCGAAUAUUUCACCGCAAGUUUCACAAAUUUUUUAUAAUUUCUUUAGUUAUACUUUAACAAGUACCUAUUUUUCUUAUACCAUGAAUUAAUGCACAAUUUUUUUUAUUUAAGUUUAGUAUUUUUUAUACUUUUAACAUUCCAAUACGUAUUAUAAAUAUGUUAUU